CCCAAAUCGGACACGUGUCAGCUCACGAGAUAGGGAAUCCGUUUUUGUAGAUGGCGGUGCUGGUUACGACGUCGUUUCCGAAUUUCACUCUGCCCCGACGGUUCCGGCGGAACAAAUUUGGCCCGAUUGAAAUCUCCUCGAUUCGCUGUUGCAGUUCAUCAUCAGCGCCGCCGCCUGCGACGAUGGAUGCUGGAACAACCUCCAAGAGAGUGGUGGUGUGCGGCGGAGGAAUAAUUGGUGUGUGCACCGCCUACUUCCUCUCGAAGAGAGGCGCCGCCGUCACUCUCGUCGAGAAAUCUUCCAUCGCCUGCGGCGCUUCCGGCAAGGCCGGCGGCUUCCUCGCCCUCGACUGGUGCGACGACGGACCGGUCUCCUCCCUCGCGCGCGCCAGCUUCAAUCUCCACCGCACACUGGCCAGGGAGCUCAACGGCGCCGAAUCGUACGGCUAUCGUACUGUCAACACUCUCAGCCUUUCGAUAACCGAAACGGCGUCGUCUCCAUCGUCUUCUUCUUCAGCUCAAUCGAACCGCAAAUCGGGCUCCACCGUCCCAUCCUGGGUCGACGGGGCGGCGAAAAACCCUAGGGAAAUCGGAACCACAGCCACAACGGCGCAAGUGCACCCCCAAUUGUUCACGCAGACGCUUCUGGCGAAGGCAGUGGAGGAUUACAGAUUGAAGGUUGUGAUCGGGAAAUUGGAGAGGGUGGAGGCGGUGGAUGGGGAGGCCAAGGCGGUUGUUCUGGAGGACGGCGGAGUAAUUGAGGCAGACGCCGUCGUUUUGGCCCUAGGUCCAUGGACAGGGAAGUUUCCCCUUCUGAGCUCCAUAUUUAGGGUUUAUGGCAUAAAGGCUCACAGCAUCGUUCUCGAUCCCAAACCCGACGCCAUGAUUACACCCCAUGCUUUGUUCCUUAGCUACUAUCCUGCGCCGGGCCGGCCUCCAUUAGACCCCGAAGUUUAUCCCCGUCCCACAGGGGAGGUGUAUAUAUGCGGGAUGUCGGCGGAAGCCGACGUCCCCGACGACCCGGCGCAGGUGGUGCCGGCGCCGGAGUCAAUUCAGGUGCUCAAGACCGUGGCGAAGAAUGUGUCGAGCCAUUUGGCCGAGGGUGAGGCGACAUUGAAGGCCAAGCAAGCUUGCUUCCUGCCCUGCACAGACGACAGCAUACCGGUCAUCGGAGUAGUCCCGGGACUUAAUGGAUGCUAUGUGGCCACCGGCCACAGCUGCUGGGGGAUUUUGAAUGGCCCCGCCACCGGCGCAGCCGUGUCGGAGCUUGUCCUUGAUGGCCACGCCGGUAUCGUUGAUCUCGCCCAAUUCAGCCCCGCCAGGUUCCUUCGGGCCCGAAAACGGGUCCAAAACCUUAGAAUUUGUAUAAAUUUGUGACGUCGUAUCGUGGAAGAAGACACACGACAUGAGUGCAUCGGCAAACACGGUAAGCAAUAACGCCGCUGCUGCUGGUGGCGACAAGAAAAUGGAGACGACUGGAGAUUGUACAGCGGCAGGGCCGGAGAAGAAGAUUCAGCCAGCACCGACACCGGCAGCUGCCCCUAAAACGAGCGGCGGCAUCUUGGUAAGUGCGGC